ACCAUCGUUUUAGUUCUAGCUUCAUUUUUAAGCGCAAACUUAACCUAUCAUACACCCGAACGAGGUGAGGUCGUGAGGGUUUCUGCGAACGAAGAACGAUAUACCGUAUACGUACACAUAUUCAUAUAUAUAUAUAUAUAUAUAUAUAUAUAAGUGACACAGAAAGGGAAGACUCGGUGUAUGGAUCGGUCGUUUUGAAUUGAAUUCAAAAUAAAGGUGUUAGGAACUAUGGAUUCAAAUACACAGUCUUCGUCCCCAGAGAAUGCCGAUGUAAGGGCAGCGUUUCGGAAACCUUCAAAUGAUGCAGCCAACAGGAAGUAUCGGCGUCGGUCUCCAGUUAGCGGAUCAUCCUCAUCUGAUGGGGGUCCUCACCGUGAACAUAGCUCUAGCCCAAUCCUUUCAAGGGAAGAUCAUGAGAAAGUCUCUGAGCGUCCACGAAGAAAGGAUGAUAGGAGGGAACUGGAUAGGGAUUCUGAUAGGAGCCAGUAUGGCCGAAGUGAUAAUUCAUAUAGACAUUCCAAUCGACAGCCCUCUCGGAGUUCUCAUCAUUACAAUAGGCACGAUGACUACAGAAGACGUGAAAAGCAAGCGGAUGAUGAAGAUAGAAAUUAUUCGAAGUUAUCCUCUCAUUCUAGUCGAGAGAUGAGGGGCGGGGAUCAUUCUGAUCAUACAAGGCGUGAAAGUGAGCAUAACAGAUCUAGAGACCAUUUGCGUAAUAUCGAUAAGUAUUCCCAAGGAAAAUCUGAUAGUUCAGGGCAUCGAAGCAGGGAUAAGGAGAGAGAGACCUCAUCUCGUGAUUAUCAGAAAUAUAAAGAGAAGGAUUUAUCAUCAGACAGAGCUGGAUCUGGUAGGAGGCACACUAACUUGAACGUUGAAGAAAUUAAAUCUGGAGAGCAGGAUAGGCAUAUGGGGGAUAAAGAUGUUCGAGAUGAGAAGAGGGACUAUCUGAGGAGUUUGGGGGAUUACAAAGGUGAUCGUUCACCCACCUAUGAAGAAUCCAGGGGGCGUCGGAAUGACUCAACUUCACGAAGAGACAGUUCUGGACAUAGGUUGAAGGAAGUGUCUAAGAGUAGCCCCAAGGAAUUAGAUGGUCAAAAAUACACCAAGGAAGGAAAAAAGAAACAUGAUGAUCUGGAAAUUAGCAGGCACAGGGAGAGAUACAAUAGGGAACCGGGGGAACAGUUUGAAGGUAAAACUGUUUUUACCUAUGGAAAUGAAGAAUCGGCUGCCAAGAAGCCAAAAUUUAGCUUGGACUCAGGCACUGAUUAUGAGAAACGUGUUUCGAAGUUUACAACCAUAGCCGAUGAACAACAUUCUUCAAGUUCAAAGCGAGGUCAGGAAUUUGUUGAUAAAAUGACUUCAGAGCAGGCCAAUGUGAAAGAUUCUGAGGCUUCUAAUGAUAUAGAUGCUGCAAAAAUUGCCGCAAUGAAAGCUGCUGAAUUAGUUAAUAGGAACCUUAUUGGGACGGGUUACUUGUCCACCGACCAAAAGAAGAAGCUGCUGUGGGGGAACAAAAAGAAUACUACUGCAGAAGAGCCUGUUCAUCGCUGGGAUACAGCAUUGUUCUCUGAUCGUGAACGACAAGAAAAAUUCAACAAACUCAUGAGUCUGAGGUUGCCUUGGUACCUAUGGCCAAUUGUAGGGUGUGAAGGGCGAGGUGAAAAUGGAGCAAAAACCCGACGACCAGGAUGGCAUAGUGGAGAAGCAGAAAGAGCUUCAGCUGGAUCUAGAGAAGCAAUACACUGCUGGACUCCGUCGAAGAGAUGGCCGCACUGUCGGAUUAGGUCUUUGAGAAGUCACAUGGAAUAUUUUUGUACUUCUAUUGUGAUAUUUAGCUACUUUUUGUUAUACUACUGUGUUGGAAGCAUGCUACUUCUGAUCGUACCCUUCUGUCUUUUUAGGUGUAAAUGCAAUUUGUUAUUGGCAUUACUUAUAUCACGUGAUAAAAGGGUGUUUUGGAGAAUUACUUGCCUUGAAAGUUCUUAUUGUGGGCUUGUACCAAUCACUUGCUUGCUGAAGCCUACGCUGUUGAGUUGUCAAAAUUAGGGCUGCAUGUUUGGUAGGUAUCCAAUAUAUUUUAGCCCACAUGGCAGCGCUACAUCAUCAAUGCGCAGGUAUUGGGUGUGCAGACCAUGUGGUUAGCGUCAAGUGAUUCAUUGUUGACCAUAUGUUUUAUUUCAUAAAUUAUGUUUGAAUUUGAAAAUUAUCUUGCUAAAUUAUAUUUUGUACAUGAUACUCUCUUUAUUAUUAUAUUUUGUUACGAAA